CUCCUCACAAGGAUUGUUAUUCCUACGGCAGAAGAUACACUCGCAGAUAGAUCACAAAUCAUCUCCAAACCCUAAUCACUCUCUUCUUCAAGAAAUUAAAUCGUAGAAUCUGAUUUGGGGAUCGUUUUGCAAUCAAUCGCCUUCGUGAUGUGAAUUCGACAAUGCUACUUAUACAAAAUGUGCUCUCCUUAAUGACCAAAUUGGUGACUGACACUCUGAUUUGAAUCAUGGGUCAGUCUCUAGGAUGCAUUCAAGUGGAGCAGUCUAAUGUAGCCGUGAAAGAACAUUUCGGCAAGUUUGAUGAUGUACUUCAGCCUGGUUGUCACUGUUUACCUUGGUGUUUAGGGUAUAGGUUGGCUGGUCAACUGUCGUUGCGUGUGAAUCAGAUCGAUGUUCGUUGUGAGACUAAAACAAAGGAUAACGUCUUCGUUACUAUGGUUGCUUCCAUACAGUACCGUGCCUUGUCUGAGAAGGCUGCAGAUGCUUUCUAUAAGCUCUCAAACACAAAGCAACAGAUUCAAGCUUAUGUUUUCGAUGUAAUUAGGGCUAGUGUACCAAAGCUGCAAUUGGAUGAUGUUUUUCUUCAGAAAAAUGAUAUAGCCAAGGGCGUGGAAGAAGAGCUUGAGAAGGCCAUGUCCGGUUAUGGUUUUGAGAUUGUGCAAACUUUGAUUGUUGAUAUAGAACCCGAUCAACAUGUGAAGCGAUCCAUGAAUGAGAUCAAUGCAGCUGCUAGAAUGAGAGUUGCUGCAAAUGAAAAGGCAGAAGGCGAAAAGAUUCUACAAAUCAAGCGUGCAGAAGGAGAAGCAGAAUCGAAAUACUUAUCUGGGCUGGGUAUUGCGAGACAGCGUCAAGCCAUAGUGGAUGGUCUUAGGGACAGCGUGCUUGCGUUUUCUGAAAACGUGCCCGGAACAUCGGCGAAAGAGGUUAUGGACAUGGUGUUGUUGACUCAAUACUUUGACACCAUGAAAGAUAUUGGGGCUUCAUCAAAGUCUAAUGCUGUGUUUCUUCCUCAUGGACCUGGUGCGGUCAAAGAUAUCGCCUCACAGAUCCGUGAGGGUCUGCUUCAAGCUGAAAGUGUUGAAGCUUAGUUGACCUGAGAACUUGACCUUGACCUAGACUUUGAUUUUGUUCUGAGUCGAUUGAAUAUGGUAUAUACUAUCGUGAACAUAGUCUGGCUUUUUGAGGAUUUGGUAAAGUAGCAUGAUGCGUAUACACACUACGAGCAUUCUCUUAUUAGUUUGGUCUAUGUAUAUGUGUUUUCGCUUUUUGAAAUUGGGUUGUGGAUGCUUGAGUUUGAAUUUCACAGUUGCAUUUUUCUCA